AUGAGCGAUUUCGCCAGUCUACGACGUGGGAGUUUAGCAAUGCACGUGCUGAAGCUACAAGCAGUUCCUCCCCUCCCCACUCCUUCACAAUUCACUUAUACCCAUCAUAAUGGAAAUACUAUGCUUGCAAAGACACAAGGCACGUCGAUGUCACCGCCACCGGAAAAGGAAUGCCAGACUAGCUCCGCCGUGACGUCAGAAGUGGGUGUGGCUGUCCAGCCGAGUGUCGCCGACCUUGAAAUGCAGACUGAUGAACAAAUUACUCCUAAAACCAACUUUGGAGUAAAUACGGACCAAGUUGAAGACAAGCUCGAAGCGGUAGAAAAAGUCGACCAAGCGACUGCCAACGACGAGUCUAUUCCAACAGUUACAGUUGAUCACCGAACUAUGACCAUCACUCAAGAUUCGGUCCCAAAAACGGAAGUGGUUGAUCAGGAAACUAUGACCAUCGCUGAGAUGGUCCCAAAAACCGAAGUGGUUGAUCAGGAAACUAUGACCAUCAUUGAGGUGGUCCCAAAAAUCGAGGUUAUUCCUGCUGCUGCCGAAUUCUCCGCAGCUGCUGCAUCCAGUGACGCUGAAUGUCAGACGGAAACAGGCGGUUCAGAUUCCACUGUGGAUUCGACCGCAUCUGAUGACGUCAUUGGCGACGCUGUGGUCGAGUGUUCACGAUGCAAACAGCGUGAGGAGACCUUCACCAGAAACGUCGGUGUGGGCGUGUGUUCCAUUUCAGAUAAGGUCGAAAAAGAUGACGUCCGUUCCAAGGAGUUUGACCGAGCUCGAGUUGAGGCCGUCAAGAAGCUGCUGACGUCUGAGCAGAAGCAGCCAUUUAUACGUGGAACGCCCAUCUCGCGUAGCGCUCGAAUUGAGAGAAACAAAGGAGAUGAUCUCGAAUACAUCACUAAUAAGAACAGGGCUUCUUCUGAAACUCCACAGACACCUGCUUCAACACCAUCCGGUGAGAACAAGGACGCAUUGAAAACCAAAGUUGUUCUCAAAAAGGAAAUUCCACCUCCACCGUCGAAUCUUCCUGAUCCGGUUCCGGCUAGAAUACCACGACCGAAAAUCAGUAAAUAUGUGGCACCAUCUGAAAACGCUGAGACACCUGAUGAGGAGGAAGAAGCUGCCGAUCGACUUACUCCACUGAGAAGUGAGCUGCGAAGUCUUGGAAGGUGGCCAAGGUCAAACGCACAAGGUGCCCUAUUCUCCAUACAAGACUGGCAG